GAAUUGAGCCCAGGAGGCAGAGUGUUGAGAGAGGAGAGCCAGCGCACUGCUCCUGUGGUUUCCAGCCGCAUGAGUCCAAGGACAGGACCAACAGCUAUGGGGUCCUUCAGCUCACACAUGACAGAGUUUCCACGAAAACGCAAAGCAAGUGAUUCAGACCCAUCCCAGUCAGGAAUCAUGACAGAAAAAGUGGUGGAAAAGAUUUCUGAGAAUCCCCUUACCUAUCUUCUUUCAACAAGGAUAGAAAUAUCAGCCUCCAGUGGCAGCAGAGAAGCUCAUAGCCAAACCGAAAAGCGGAGGAGAGAUAAAAUGAAUAACCUGAUUGAAGAACUGUCUGCAAUGAUCCCUCAGUGCAACCCCAUGGCGCGUAAACUGGACAAACUUACAGUUUUAAGAAUGGCUGUUCAGCACUUGAGAUCUUUAAAAGGCAUGACAAAUUCUUAUGUGGGAAAUAAUUGUAGACCAUCAUUUAUUCAGGAUAAUGAGCUCAGACAUUUAAUCCUUAAGACUGCAGAAGGCUUCUUAUUUGUGGUUGGAUGUGAAAGAGGAAAAAUUCUCUUCGUUUCUAAGUCAGUCUCCAAAAUACUUAAUUACGAUCAGGCUAGUUUGACUGGACAAAGCUUAUUUGACUUCUUGCAUCCAAAAGAUGUUGCCAAAGUAAAGGAACAACUUUCUUCUUUUGAUAUUUCACCAAGAGAAAAGCUAAUAGAUGCCAAAACUGGUUUGCAAGUUCACAGUAAUUUCCACACUGGAAGGACACAUGUUUAUUCUGGCUCAAGACGAUCUUUUUUCUGUCGGAUAAAGAGUUGUAAAAUCUCUGUCAAAGAAGAGCAUGAAUGCUUACCCAACCCAAAGAAGAAAGAGCAUAGAAAAUUCUAUACUAUCCACUGCACUGGUUACUUGAGAAGCUGGCCUCCAAAUAUUGUUGGAAUGGAAGAAGAAAGGAACAGUAAGAAAGACAACAGUAAUUUUACCUGCCUUGUGGCCAUUGGAAGAUUACAGCCAUAUAUUAUUCCACAGAACAGUGGAGAGAUUCAUGUGAAACCGACUGAAUUUGUAACCCGGUUUGCAAUGAAUGGAAAAUUUGUCUAUGUAGAUCAAAGGGCAACAGCAAUUUUAGGAUAUCUGCCUCAGGAACUUUUGGGAACUUCUUGUUAUGAAUAUUUUCAUCAAGAUGACCAUAGUAAUUUGACUGACAAGCACAAAGCAGUUCUACAGAGUAAGGAGAAAAUACUUACAGAUUCCUACAAAUUCAGAGCAAAAGAUGGCUCUUUCGUAACUUUAAAAAGCCAAUGGUUUAGUUUCACAAAUCCUUGGACGAAAGAACUGGAAUAUAUUGUAUCUGUCAACACUUUAGUUUUGGGACAUAGUGAGCCUGGAGAAGCAUCAUUUUUUCCUUGUAGCUCUCAAUCAUCAGAAGAAUCCUCUCGACAGUCUUGUAUGAGUGUACCUGGAAUGUCUGCUGGAACAGUACUUGGUGCUGGUAGUAUUGGAACAGAUAUUGCAAAUGAAAUUCUGGAUUUACAGAGGUUACAGUCUUCUUCAUACCUUGAUGAUUCGAGUCCAACAGAUUUAAUGAAAGAUACUAACACUGUGAACUGCAGGAAUAUGUCGAAUAAGGAGUUGUUUCCACCAAGUCCUUCUGAAAUGGGUGAUGGUGCACAGUUGGAUUUCGAUACCCUGUGUGACAAUGAUGACACAGCCAUGGCUGCAUUUAUGAAUUACUUAGAAGCAGAGGGGGGCCUGGGAGACCCUGGGGACUUCAGUGACAUCCAGUGGACCCUCUAGCCUUUGAUUUUUAACUCCAAUAAUGAGAAACAUUUUAAAGCAUUUUAUUUACGAAAAACUGUCUCAACUAUUCUUCAGUACUGUAUUGAUAUUGUUUGUAUCUUUUAUUAAUGUUCUACCAGUUUUUAUAGAUUUGCAUCUUAUUGUCACAGGGAUGUGGGGAAAUAUGUUUUCCUCCCAAGAGAACCAAGUUUAUUAUAGACUCCUUUAUUCAGUGAAAUGGCUUGUAAUCCACUAGUUGCCAUAUUUUUGCUAAAAUAUUUCUAACCAAGAAUACUAC